GUCCAUGCAGCAGCAAUCCAUACACCGCAUAUCUCGAGCCCUCCUCUCAUCCAAACCUCAUCAUCCUUUUUCAUCCUCCAUCCGCCCAUCCCUCACCUCCUCACCCCAAACAAGAAGUAUCAUGACCAAGGAGACCACGCCCCCACCUCCCGCUGCCACCGCCGCCACCCAACAAACCACCGUCCCCCACGAGCCUCCCUCCCUCCCCAACUCCCCCCUCGCCAAACGCACCAAGACCAACACCACCCAGGAAGAAGAACAGACCCAAUCCGCCACAAUGACCAAAGACCUCUCCACCUCGCAGGCCCCGCCUCCCCUGCUCGUCAAGAAGCUCAAUGACAAGGCCCGUGCCCCCACGCGCGGCUCUGCCUUCGCUGCCGGCUACGAUGUUUACAGCGCUAAGGAGACUGUCAUCCCGGCUAAGGGCAAGGCGUUGGUAGAUACUGGUAUUGCUAUUGCUGUUCCGGCUGGGACUUGUAUACGGCCGCAUCGCCCCCGCAGCGGCCUCGCGUCGAAACACUUCAUCGACACAGGCGCGGGCGUCAUCGACGCUGACUACCGUGGCGAAGUCAAGGUGCUGCUGUUUAACUUUUCUGAGGUCGAUUUCACGGUCCAGGAGGGGGAUCGCGUUGCUCAGUUGAUUGUGGAGCGGAUCUACACUCCGGAAGUCACAGUCGUCGAAGAGCUGGAAGAGAGUGUGCGCGGCGCGGGCGGUUUCGGGAGUACUGGUACUAACUAAGUAGCACCUAGUGCAGGUGUCUUACUAGUUAGGCUUGGUUAUAUCAACGAGAAAUAUGAAAACAAAAUGGUUAGAUAAAAUGAACAAUCAUGAGCUAUUAUACAGCAGGAUAGUACUGGUUACCAUGGUGGUUAUUCAACCAUCUCUUGAACCCAUUCUCCGGUGUAU